UCUACUGCUGUGUGUUGUAGUCUGGUGUCUCCGCCCUCCUCUCUCGCUGUGCGUGCUGCCUGACCGGGCGCCCAUUGUGCUUGAGAAUCGUGAAUGGUACUACUGCCAUACUGUCUCGGUGUAGUCCCGACGGGAGGCUAUCGAUCAGACGAGCGGUACACCCACAUCUGCGAAGAUAAGUCCCAUCUUGAGCUGGCGGCCAAGUUACGGUACGACGGUGGCCGGAGGGCGGUGAGUGUUGACAAGCCCGCCGUCCCUGACACACUCGGCACGCUACACUGGCUUGACCAGCAGGAUCUGGAGGGUUGGAAGGCUUCCGCAAGCUCGCCUCGCUACGACUCCGACGGUCGUUGACGUCGGCACAAGUAGUCUAAAUCUCUUCAACAAUGUCGGAAGGUGCCGACGGGGGGAACGCAUCACUAUCCAACGCGGAGGAGGGCAGGGCGGCAACCAUCAGCCCGCCAGACACGGCUAGCAGGCGCUCGGCUGGGCCGCUGCGGGCGUCCUUGAUAACCCUUCGGUCGCGGCGAUUCGUGGGCCUUCUGCUCAUGAUAUGUGUGUUUUCUCUGGUGCAAGUCGGAGUCCUGAACUGGGCUUUGGUGGCGUGGGGAUUCUUUGGUUCUCUGCUCGUUGUCAGCUUUUUCCGGUUGGUGCGACUCGUCAAUGGCUACGCCAUCAGAAGUAACACUGCGCGUCGAAGGCGACAACGAAUACCGCGCGGAGCGUUAGAGGCAAGAUUACAGCUGCACCAUCCCGGUAUCGAGCUUGGAAGGCUGCGCUUGCUACUGGUGGACCGUGACUUUACGGGGGAAGACUACCAAGCGCUGCUAGACCUAGACGAUAACAACGACGUGCCGUCGACGGUCGGGGCGAGCGAGGGGGAGAUCAGGCGGAACCCGUCCUUCGUGAUUCCGGAGCCGGCGGCCGACAGCGUCGUCAAGCCCAAGAACUGCUCCAUCUGCCUCUAUCCCUUCAAGCCGCGAGAGCGUGUGCGGAUCAUACCCUGCUUGCACCAGUUCCAUACAGAAUGUAUCGACCCGUGGCUUCGGCAGAACGCCAUCUGUCCGGUAUGCAAGUUCCCGGCGGUGGGAUAGAUAGGUGGCCUGCAAGGAGGGCAAAGGAGCAGGCUUCGAUGACGAGGAGGUUCGAGGGAGAGCGGUGACAAAGUUAGAGGAGCUAAAUACAUGCUUGCACCGGCCUGACGGUCGAAACCUGUGUCGGAAGUUGUUAGAGAGAGAGCAAAAGGUAUCCAGAUCUUUGGCGACCGUUUUUCUAUGUAUCCUCUUGGGUUGAAUGUGUAGUUUCUUUUGACGAACGCCUUCGGGAUGACCUAGAAAUACUGGUGUUGGAGUUCCGUUGCACCUCUAGGCUUUGGGUUUGGCGUCCCCCUUUUUUAGGGUAGUAGAGCUGCAGUAUGCCGCCAACUCGGAUAAACGGACUUUGCUCUCGUAGCGUUGUAUGUGGCUUGGAGACUGUCUGCGUUUGCCAACGAUUUUGAUGCCUUUUAUCAUGGUAGAAUGUGAACCGUGCUUGGAAGACCAACAAUGGGGCAGGGGCCGGCAGCGCAGGCACCAUUUGUAUAUAUUUCCGUUGCUGCCGGACCGCCAUCCGUGUGGAGCUCGGCCGGUGUUUGUGAGGGCUUUGGAGUGCUCACGCAGGGGAAAUGCUCGCAGGACUUGCGGUUGUUGUUGGCCUGUGGGUGUUUAGCUGGCGUCAACCGCGCUCACUAAAACUGGCCAGUAAGUAUGUGUCAUAUUAUGCGCGAAGCCUUGCGCAUGGCUACAGCCUUGCGGGUUUUUGUCUGCCGUGUGUUUUGUCGUAAUUCUGUGAUGGUCGCUCUUGAGUGCUGCUGUUUUUCUGGUUCAUUUUUCUUUGUCUGUCGGAUGUUUCUUCUUCGAUGCGAUUUGUCGUACGAUAUGCAAUGUUUAUGUUUAUCGCAGUCGUCAGGGUUUUGUUGUUUAGAUUGGGGCAUCUAGUAAAUGUCUUGUUAGGUGAAAGUGAUGAAGACCGGUGUUUGUUUUCGUGAAGCGACCUCAUGGUUUGGGCCAAGCGAGCGCAAUGUUUUCAGAUUAGAGAUGGUUGUGGGAUUCACCGCAGAUAGUCUCGCCGGCGACACCUCUUUCGCACGGUUCAGGGACAAGUCUGUUGUUUUCUAGCGGGUCUGAAACGCUUGGACAUUGCAUAUCAAUCGUCUCCAACUCGGCGAUUGGGUGUGCCUGAGAGUAGUAGUAAUUUAACGCACCAGAAGUAAGCGUGACUAGGUUACGCAACCGGUGCCACAGAGUAUACAGUAGCAGUCAGAAGUUAAGAAUGCAGCCUC